AUGCCUGCUAAGAUUAUUGAUCGAUAUGACCAUGUCCCCGAGACGAAGGAGGAUCUUGACUGGGCUGAACUGAUUACCCUUGAUCUCAGCUUGUAUGAGCAACCCGGUGGCAAGCAAGAGCUGGUGAAGCAGCUGGAGCAUGCAGUCCGCCACGUGGGCUUCUUCUACGUCAAGAACUUUAACAUUAGCCAAGAAGAGAUCGACCACCAGUUCGCUCUGGGCCGCGAGUUCUAUGCCCUGCCCCUCGAGGAGAAACUCAAGUACCACAGCUCGAGUGACCUGGAACGUGGCCAGUAUAACGGCUACCGGCCUGCGGGACACCGCAUGCUUGGAAAUGGAAUCAGGGAUAAUGUGCAGGUGUUCAAUAUCCCCAAAUUUGACGGACAGCACGUUCGUCCACAGCCUGCAGUGGUGCAGGAUCAUAUCGAGGAGGUUGAAUCUUUCAGCAGAAAAUGCCACACAGAAGUCGUCGAAAAACUCCUCCGCCUUUUCGCCAUCCUCCUAGAACUGCCGGACGAAGACCAGCUCGUCCGCGACCACCAGUACGAUGUCCCCGGCGAGGAUCACCUGCGAUACAUGCACUACAAAGCGCGCAGUGCAGACGACAAUUCCAAAGUUGGAGGCCUGUAUAAUCCGGGCCACACAGAUCUAGGGACAGUCACCCUGCUCUUCCGCCAGCCCGUUGCGGCGCUGCAGAUCCUCAACUCAGCCGGCGACUGGAAGUGGGUGCGUCCGCAGAACGGCACGAUUACCAUCAACACAUGCGAUGCGCUCACGGCUCUUACGGGGGGAUUGAUUAAAUCGAGUAUUCAUCGCGUCCAUGCGCCGCCGAAGGAUCAGGCGCAUUUGGAUAGACUGGGUGUGUUGUAUUUUGCGCGACCAAACAACCACGUCGUACUCGACCCAAUCCCCAACAGUCCCCUUCUGCAGCGUCUGGGUCUAACGCAGAACGCAUUCACCGAGCUAGGACAGCACCUUACUACGGAGGAGUGGGUUAAGGUCCGCCAGACGCAGCAGCAGCGACGCAAGGUUACGACUACUGUAUCCAGAGAGGGAAAGUACUCAUACGCACCGAAGGAUUUGGAGAUUAUUCCGGGGUUGCAGGCCAAGAUUUAUAACUAG